CAUGGAGCCCUUCAGCUCCAAGAGCCUGGCCCUGCAGGCGGAGAAGAAGGUCCUGAGCAAGAUGGCAGGCCGGUCGGCGGCGCACCUGUUCCUGGACGAGACGAGCAGCGAGGUGCUGGACGAGCUCUACCGCGUGUCCAAGGAGUACACGCAGAGCCGGGCCCAGGCGCAGCGCGUGGUCAAGGACCUGGUCAAGGUGGCCGUCAAGGUGGCCGUGCUGCACCGCAGCGGCUGCUUCGGGCCCGGGGAGCUGGCGGCGGCCGGCCGCUUUCGCCACAAGCUGCGGCAGGGGGCCAUGACGGCCCUGAGCUUCGGCGAGGUGGCCUUCACCUUCGAGGCGGCCGUGCUGGCCGGGCUGCUGGCCGAGUGCCGGGACGCGCUGCUGGAGCUGGUGGCCGGCCACCUCACGCCCAAGUCCCACGCGCGCAUCCGCCACGUCUUCGACCACUUCGCCGACGCCGGCCUGCUGGCCGCCCUCUACGGCCCGGGCUUCGAGCAGCACCUGGACAAGAUCUGCGCCGGCCUCCGGAAGCUGCUGGAAGAGGGCAAGCUCUGACGGCUGCCCGCGGGGGCCGGGCGACGCUCCCGUCCCCGGUGCCCCCAGGACGGCCCGGCAGCAGGGGAGCCCCCGCGCCCUCGGGAGCCAAGUCGGGUGCUCGGAGAAG